CGCAAUCGCACACUCUAGUCUCUCGUCUUUGACGUUCUCACUACCACACUCGCUUUCCAUCGUAUACGACAGACUCUGGCAACAUGGGUGGCGGCGACUUGAACAUGAAAAAGUCGUGGCACCCGCUUCUGUUGAAGAACCAGGAGCGGGUCUGGCUUGAGGAAAAGAAGGCUUUGGAGGAGAAGAAGAAACUGGAUCAGCUGAGGAAGGAGAAGGAAGAGGAGAGACAGCUGCAGGAGUUGCAAAGGUUGCAGGAGGAACAGACGGGGAACAAAAGGCAGGAGAAACUAGAGUGGAUGUAUGCGACGCCGGCAACGGGUAGUGGAGCAAACGCUAAUGAGCUGGAGGACUACUUGUUGGGUAAAAAGCGGGUGGACAAGAUCUUGACUGCGGACGAAAAUGAGAAGCUCGGUGCUGCGCAUAGGAACUUCAUCGCUACCCAGUAUGCUAACACUGCUCGCGAUGUGGCUGCCAAGAUUCGCGAGGACCCCCUCCUUGCAAUCAAACAACAGGAGCAAGCGGCAUAUCAGGCCCUCAUGUCGAAUCCUCUCAGGCUGCGCCAGAUGCAGGAGAAGGCAGGUAUUAAGCCGAAGAAAGACAAGAAGGAUAACAAAGAGAAGAAGAAGCAUAAGAAGGACAAGCACCGCGACCGCUCAGCUUCACCUCGCUCCGAUCGCUACCGUUCUGCUUCACCAGAUCGCUACCACCGUUUGAGACGCUCUCGUAGCCCCCGCGGACGUGACUCUCGCUCCCGCUCCCCUCGACGCCGUUAUGAGUCUGAUCGCUACGAACGUGGUUCACGACGGGAUCGCUCGUACAGUCGAUCGCCGGGGCCGUCACGACGGAGGGACCGUAGCCUCAGUCCAAGAGAGAAAUCACGAGGUCGUCAAGAGAACGAACGGAUGCCUACCUGGCCGAGGUCUGACGACUCCGACGACAACGCCCGCUACGGCCGCCGCCAGAGCCAGAAUAGGUCAGCAGACCCCAAAGAUCACUACGACGACAGGAAACGGCGACGCAGUCCAAGCCCUGACAGACGUGACGGCGAUCGCAUGCGCAUGCACCGCAGCCCGCCACCACCUCCCCGACGGCCGUACGCGGACGAGCCCCGCCGGCCUGCCGCCUCCUUGGCAGAAGAGCGAGCCGCGAAGCUGGCGGCGAUGACGUCGAAUGCGAGCGAGAUGAGCGUCGAACGUCGGGAGCACCUCACGCAGCUGCUGGAAAAGGAGAAGGCGGAGCUCGAGGCGGAGGAGCGUGCGCGUGUGAAGAGCAAGGGCAUGGGCAACUUCUUGAGCCACGAGCAGAAGAAAGUCUUUGGUGGCGUCGGCGGUCUCGAGGAGCGUAUCAGGAGGGGGAGAGGGCAGAUGCACGCUGAUGCUGACUAGAUACCUGCUGUACUUCUCGAUUUGAUUCGUGCCAAGUUUUUUUGUUCUUCCUUUCUGAUGUGUGUAUCACUGUAUUAUCUACUAUGAUGUAUGACAACCAGGAGCCAGCUUUGGGUAGAUGUUCC